GUGAGGUAAGAAACUAAUACAAACUUUAAAGAAUGCACGUUCUUCUUACCAACGACGAUGGACCCUUGGAUGACAAGGCUUGUCCAUACAUGAAAUAUCUUGUGGAUGAGAUCAUUAAGUCCACUGAUUGGGAGCUUUCUAUUGUGGUUCCAAACCAACAGAGAUCAUGGAUCGGUAAGGCUCAUUUUGCCGGGAAGAAAUUAACAUCUUCAUACAUUUACACUCAAAGAUCGACUGAGUCAAAGUCCUUGGAUAUUAAUGCCUUUGAUGGACCUUAUGAAACUCCUCAAGAAAGAGAUUCUACUUUCCAAGAAUGGUGUUUACUUGAUAGUACCCCAGCAGCUUGUGCUGAUAUUGGAUUACAUCAUCUUUAUCGAGAAAAGCCACCAAUUGAUCUUGUUUUAAGUGGUCCAAACUUUGGUAAGAACUCUAGUAACUUGUACAUCAUGACUUCUGGUACCGUUGGAGCUGCCAUAGAAGCCGUUACUCAUGGAGCCAAGGCCAUUGCCCUUUCGUAUGCGUUCAAUAACCUUGACCAUGACUUUGAUAUUUUGAAAGAAGCUGCCAAAAUUUCCGUCAAACUUGUUGCCAAGCUUUAUAAAGAAUUACAAUUACAAAAUGGUAAAGUAGACCUUUAUUCAAUUAAUAUCCCAUUAAUUGAAUCCUUGAAAUUGGGACAAACUAAAAUCCAUUACGCUCCAAUUCUUGAAAACUAUUGGAAUUCAAUUUAUGAACCUUGUUCAGGAGAAAGAGGCCAACAACAAUUCCUGUGGAAUCCAGAUUUCAAAAAAGUUCACAAGGAUAGUUUGAAGGAUACUCUGCAUACUGAUAGUAGAGUUUUACUUGAUGAAGGAAUUAGUGUAACUCCACUCAAGGCCACUUUCAAUGUAGUUCAACCGAAUGUUGGUGAGAUUAUUUUGGAUGAAGAAGAUGAAGAAGAAAGUAAAGAUUUAGACAUUUCUAAGCUUUCUCUUGAUUCAACCAUUCUUUUAAUUACACUUCCAGAAGAAGCAUAUAUUUCCCCAGCAAUUAAACAAGCGUUUGAGAAACAUUUCCCAAGGUGUUCAAUCACCACAGAUGCUAGUGUGUUGUCCAAAGUUCCAACAAUGCCUACUCUUAAAGUAUUCCAUUAUGGUGAUUAUGAAGAACUUGAUAUUGAUCUUCUCUCAAGCCAUCCUGAUCAAUACUUUGUAUGUUCAUAUAUUUAUCGUAAGGCAUUGAUUAGAAAGCAUUUCUUGGCCAAUACCAUUCAUCAUUAUGUUGCCAAGAAUCCGACACUGGCUUUAAAGACAGCAGUUCCUGAAAGUUAUCAAUUGGAAGUGGAUUAUGCUGAAUUUUUAGAUGAUGCCUUGGAUGAUUGUUAUGAACUUCGUGAAGAACUUGAAAUGGGUGAAAAAACUUGGAUUGUUAAACCAAGUAUGUCUGAUAAGGGACAAGGAAUCCGUAUUUUCAAAAGUGUUGAACAACUUCAAGCAAUUUUUGACCUGUUUGAAGAAGAUAAUAGUGAUGAUGAAGAUGUUGAAAUAAAUGAAGAUGAAGAUAAUAAUGGUGUGAUUAUUUCACAACUUCGUCAUUUUGUUGUUCAAGAAUAUCAAUCUAAUCCACUUCUUCUUUCUCAUUAUGAUAAUAAGAAAUUCCAUUUGAGAACAUAUAUUGUUUGUAAUGGAGAUUUAAAGGUAUUUGUAUACAAGAAUAUUUUAUCAUUAUUUGCAGAAUCAUCAUUUAAAUCACCACAACCUGAAGAUAUAGAUGUUGAUGAAAUCCCAUUGACUGGCCAUCUUACUAAUACUUGCUUGCAAGAGGGUACCAGUCCUCUUGUAGUUCCCUUCUGGGACUUGCAAGGCUUAUCCCAAGAUGAUAAGGAAAAGGUAUUCAGGCAGGUUUGUCAAGUUACUGGAGAACUUUUUAAGGCUGCAGUUAACAUUGAUAAGAUGAAUUUCCAACCAUUAUCUAAUGGAUGUGAAGUAUUUGGAAUUGAUUUCUUGGUUAGUGAGAACUUGGAUGUUACCCUCUUGGAGGUUAACUCUUAUCCGGAUUUCAAGCAAACUGGUGAUGACUUAAAGGGGUUGAUUUUUGGGUUAUUUGAACAAGUUUUCGGAGCCAUUGGUGAACUAGUUGAAGGUAGGGACAAUUUAUAUGAUCCAAGUAUUUUAGUUCCAGUAUUAGAACAAGUAUCUCAUGGUUGGUAAUCUAUAGAUAGAAUAAAAAGAUAGACAUUUUAAUGAAAUAUUU